AUGGGAAAGCAGAAUGAGUCUACUUACAUCACUGUUGACUCACCAACGAGUCAACAUACAUCAAGCGAACGUGAAAAGAAACUGGCUGUGUCAAAUAAUGAUGAUCAGGCUCUUGAAUACGCAAUGGAAGCAGAAGGAAUGAUUAUUGAUGACGAGACCAACAAGAGGAUUCUUUGUAAGAUUGACAAAUAUCUUUUACCGAUCAUGUGCUCAUUGUAUGCUAUUCAAUAUAUGGACAAAGUUUCAAACUCGUACGCAUCUAUUAUGGGGAUAAAAACAGACCUCAAUAUGAUUGGUGAUCAGUACAGCUGGACUGGAACUGUAUUCUACCUCGGAUAUCUGGCAUUUGUGUUCCCGAUGUCAAAUACCUUGCAGAGAUUUCCGGUUGCCAAAACUGUCGCGCUCUUUAUAGGAUGCUGGGGAAUAAUCAUGACCUGCCAAGCUGCUUCGCAAAACUAUGCCUCAUAUUUAGCCAUGAGGUUGCUCCUUGGUAUAUUUGAGUCAGGAAUCACUCCCGCAUUUGUGAUCCUUACCUCACAAUGGUAUAAAAGAGAGGAGCAAUUCCUCAGAUCAGCUCUCUGGUUUUCAGCUAAUGGCUUAGGGGUCUUAAUCGGAACUUCAAUCGCAUACGGAUUUGCUCUCCAUCAGGGUUCACUUAGUAUCAAAGGGUGGAGGGCUCUAUUUAUUGUCAUUGGAGGCAUGACCAUGCUAUUUUCUGUUAUUUUCUAUUUCUACGUUCCAGACCUACCAUCGAAAGCUUGGUUUCUAACAGAAGAGGAGAAAUUGCUAGUGGUCCAACGUAUCAGAACUAAUCAGCAGGGAUUCGGAAACAAGAAGUUUAAAUUGUAUCAGCUCAAAGAAGCUUUAGAAGAUCCGAGAACGUGGUGCUAUUUUAUCUACGGAAUAACAUCCGAGAUACCUAAUGGGGGAAUUACCAACUUCAAUUCAAUUUUGAUAUCGCAAGAUCUGAAGUAUGGCGUACUGAAAGCAUUUUUGAUGAACCUCCCCACGGGGGCUGUCCAGAUAUUAUUGAACCCACUUGCUGCUUACUUUGCUCGGUAUGUCAGAUCUAGGAUUAUUGUCGCCCUUGCCAUCACUUUUCUAGUGAUAGUUGGAUGCGGCAUGCUUGCCUAUGCUCAUGAGCCAGGAGUUAAAUUGGCUGCUAUUUAUAUUUUUGGAAUGCAACCUGUGGGAAUGGUGUGCUUGCUUUCCUGUAUUGCUUCGAACACAGCAGGACAUACCAAAAAAGUGGUUGUGAAUGCGAUUUUCCUCAUCGGAUAUUGCGUGGGAAUGGCUGUCGGACCACAGACUUUUAUUGCCUCUCAAAGCCCAACGUACAUUGGUGCAAAGACUGCCAUGCUUUCUUCCAAUUGUAUAUCAGUAUUGGCAUUGGUGCUGAUUCUCUUCCUUAAUAUCCAUGCAAAUCGGAAGCGGGAUGCGUCUGCUACCACUUCUGAAUCUAGCGAGAACACAGAGUUUAGAGACUUGACCGAUUUUGAGAAUCCGAACUUCAGGUAUGCUCUAUAG